CUCGAUUCACAUUCGGUCCCAGUCUCUACAGGCGAUGUAGUUGUCCAUGACCGGUCUUUUCGAUACAUGUAGGGGUCUUGUGCGUAGUUUUGUCGGUACCUCGCCUUCUGCCAAUAUGAACGAUCUCGAGCACACCAAAAAACGCGGCACAUUCGCUCAAUGCAGCUUCAUCAUCGUCCGUUCUGCAAGUCUAGGUCCCGAACAGGCCCAAGAGCUCGCCGGUGAACUGAGACUACACGAUGGCGAAGUCAUCUUCGACGACUAUCCUGAGAACAAUCUCGACCUGAACGGGGUCACGCACGUCGUCUCUGCCACCUACGACUUUCCCGAUUAUCAUGCCUGCGUCGAAGCCUUUAUUCCGGUGGUCAGACCCACCUGGGUUACGCACUCCUUAGCGAAGAACAAACUGCUGAACCCCCGACAAUACAAUCCCGAUCCGCGCUACUUCAUGUCUGAUGUUGUCGCAUGCGUCGCAGAUCUCCCAGAAGGGGACGCAGACGCUAUUGCUGGCGGGAUUCUAGCAAUGGGUGGACUUUUUUCUCUCAGACUCACAAACCAGGUCACCCAUGUGAUCGCACUUACCGUCGAAUCGGACGUCUGUCAUAGAGUGAUAGAUGGGCAACUCAGGAUCAAGGUUGUUUUACCGCAUUGGGUGGAUGACUGCUUGAAGCUGGGGAGAAAAAUCGACGAGCAUCCAUAUUCUCUGCCAGAUCCCGACAUAUUGAAAGGUCCGACGGAGAAGGUGCCAAUUGCGAAACGCAAGACCCAGGUGGAAGGGGCAGUAAAUCCAGAUCCGUCUCAAGAAGGCCAAGAACCGGUUGGCCCUCGAAAGCUGAACAAAGUUUUCAAAAAGAAGACAGUAAUGCUAUCCAAAGAUCUUCGCAUAUCGAACAAUCUCAGAGAAAUACUGGACGGAAUUAUUACCACCAGUGGUGGUAAGCUAACCGACUCGGUCAUGGAUGCCGAUAUGUUCAUUUGCAAAUACCGCAGUGGCGAAGAGUAUCGGAUGGCUUCGCGGGCAGGCAAAGAUGUUGGUAACCUCGCCUGGCUCUACUACUUGAUUCAGACCGACGAGUGGACGUCUCCUCUACGGCGCAUGCUACACUAUCCUGUCGCACGAGAAGGACUUCCGGGAUUUCAGGGGCUCAAAAUCAGUCUGUCAAACUACAGUGGUGAUGCACGAACGUAUCUGGAAAAUUUGAUCUAUGCAACAGGAGCAGAAUGCACCAAGACGCUGAAACAAGACAAUACCCAUCUAAUCACGGCUCAUGUUCUCAGCGAAAAAUGCGCUGCCGCAAAGGACUGGGGUAUCCACAUUAUCAACCACCUCUGGCUCGAGGAGAGCUACGCUCAGUGGACGAUGAAGAGCAUUACGGACAACAAAUACACACAUUUCCCAAGGCGGACCAAUCUCGGCGAGGUUGUUGGCCAUACACAGCUAGAUCGUACCGUUCUUGAACGACAUUUCUUCCCACCGGAGGAAGAUGUCGAGAUGGCUGAUGUCGCGGAUGCAAAGCCUAUGCAGCAAGUCAACAACAACACAAUUUCGGCAACCAGAUUAGAUCAAGCACAGAACCAUGACAGUGAUGCUCGCGAAAGAAACGGAAAACCACGCACACCUGCGCCAUCUAAGUUUAUCACCACCGGUAAAGAGAAUAUUACACCGUCGACUACCAAUAGUCGCAAGUCAAAAGAAGUUGCUUCAGCUCGACUGCAUGAGAUGACACCAGACAUUCUCCUGUACGAGAAAGAACGAAAGCGUGCCGGUGGAGUCAUCUAUGGAGGUCGACGCAAGACCGACGAAGGCCGCAUAGAGGUGGGCCGAAAGCGAUCUGUUGAUGAAGCAUCGGAUCAUGAAACUACUGAGGGCGAAGCUAAGAAAGUUAAACGUGAGAACACGCCGCCAGCUAUGCAUCUUGUCAUAUCCGGUUACGAUAAGUGGGUUGGUCGGGCGAAGCUUGAAGACAAUGACAAAAAACGUCUUCGGAGCCUAGGGGUUGUAUGCACCAUGGAUCCUAGUCGAGCGACGCAUCUUGUUGCUCCGCGUGUUGUCCGCACGAUGAAAUUUGUGACAGCGCUCGCAUACGCUCCCAUGGUUCUCUCCACUAGCUACAUUGAGGCUUGUCUGGAAGCAAAUGAAUUGCUCGACCCUGGGCGAUUUAGAUUGACCGACAAGGAGAGCGAGAAGAAAUUAGGAGUUUCUCUGAAGCUAUCUCGCGAACGUGCUCAGAAGAACCGCAAUCAAUUGCUUCAAGGCCGUACAAUAUAUUGUAUGGAAGAUAUCCGCGGAGGAUUCGAUACCUUCAAAACGAUUGUGGAUGCCAACGGUGGUGACUGCAGGCUGUGGCGCGGCCGAAAGGGUACAACUGUGCCUUCCAAGCGAGCCGAUAGCGAGGCCAGUACUGACAUCGACGCUACCAAUGAUGUGUAUCUCCUGAGUAACGACACUGAUCGGAAAGAGACCACACCCUUAUGGACAAGAUUCAAGGAGAUGGCCGAAGGCAGUCGCAAAAUUCCACGUAUUGUCUCAGCGGACUGGUUGCUGGAGACAGCUAUGUCCCAGAAGCUGCUACCCACACAGCAGUAUGAGCUCGAGGACUGAUGGAGAUACUGUGUUUACGAUUUCCAUGAAUAUUCACGACCAGCGAAGCAUUGUGGAGGCUGAUGUCGAUAUGGAGGUGAAUGUGUGACUGUUAGAAGAAUUUGACACCCUGCUGGUCUUCUGUGCCAAACACUUGAGCUCUGCCCUUCUUGACCAAAGUAGCGAGACUCUUGCGGAGGACGUCCAUGUCGAGUCCAUAAAAUUCUUG